CAAUCGGAUUGAAGGGCCAGUGCCAGGAAGACCUAUCAUACAGUGGGGGCCGGGAUGCAGCGGGGCAGACGGCGGGAGGCUCAGGAGAGCUCUCCUGCGGGCGACAGCAGGGCCAGGCCCUGGAGUCAGUGCAGGACACCAGCAAGCACAGCUCACAGGAAAUGAUCCAUUCCCUGCGCUCGCUCACUCGAAAGGCCCGAACCUCCAAAGUUCCAGGAGUGCCAUGGAUGGCUGUGCAGGCCAGCGGUCACGCCUUUCUCCCUGCCUGGAGAGGGGAGAAGAAAUGAAACUGAGGGAGUGUGUCUCCAUCCUCCCCCUGAAGGAAAGCCCCUCUGUCCCAUUCUCCAAAGAUGGAGCACUGCUGGCCGUGACCCUGCUGCUGGCCCUGAUGGCCGGCUGCCUCUCGGUGCUGGCUUUCUGCAGGGUAGCCGCCCUUCAGGCCGAGCUGGGGAGCCUCCAGGCGGAGCUGCGGCAACACCAGGCAGAGCGGCUGCCAGGCCCCCCCCAGGCCGGAGCCGCGGCCCCCGGGGCAGCCGUGCGGAAGGCUCCAGCUGUCACCUCGGCUCUGAAAGGGAUCUUCGCACCACCCGCUGCAGGAGAGGGCAACUCCAGCCAAAGCAGCAGAAACAAGCGUGCCCUUCAGGGUCCAGAAGAAACAGUCACUCAAGACUGCUUGCAACUGAUUGCAGACAGUGACACACCUACCAUACGGAAAGGAGCAUACACGUUCGUUCCAUGGCUGCUGAGCUUUAAAAGAGGAAGAGCCCUGGAGGAGAAGGAAAAUAAAAUAGUGGUGAAAGAAACCGGUUACUUCUUUAUAUACGGUCAGGUUUUAUACACCGAUAACACCUUUGCCAUGGGACACCUGAUACAGAGGAAAAAAGUCCACGUCUUUGGGGACGAAUUGAGUCUGGUGACUUUGUUCCGAUGUAUUCAAAAUAUGCCCGAAACACUACCCAAUAAUUCCUGUUAUUCAGCUGGCAUCGCAAAGCUGGAAGAAGGAGAUGAGCUCCAGCUUGCAAUACCACGUGAGGACGCUAAAAUAUCACGAGAUGGGGACGGCACGUUUUUUGGUGCAUUGAAGCUUCUGUGACCUACUUACACCUUGUUUGUGGCUGUGUUCCUUCCUUUCUCUGUACCUCUAAGGAGAAGAUACUUAACUGGAAAUACCAAAAGGAAGAAAAACAGUAGUUACCAUAGCCUUUUCUGGGAGCUACUUGUUUUGAUUUGCUGAAACUAGACCAAAACAGGAAAUUUAACAGACAACCACAGCCAAAGGGUGUCAUGUGAAUUACAAGAACUAGGGCCCGUUUAGGGAAAGCUAGAAGUAGGCUUCUCACUGUAAUGCCAUGUUGAACGACUUAGUCAUGGCUUCUUGACCUGGACGGAGCACAGGUUGCAAGGGGACAAAAAUCAUUUCUUCCAAAACAGCAUUCCAUUAUCGACUGCGUAACUAAGUGUCCGUGUCUGUGGGACAUGAGGACAUUCUUGGGGAAUCUCAGGAUCCAGCCUUUCUCUUUAGGUUAAGUAUGCCCCUCUCCUUUUGCAGUUAACAUUGUGGAAAGUAAAACAAAACAAAACAAAAUGAUAGAAAUCUUGCAUUGGACAUAAGAAAAAGUAAUUAAAAGCUUACAUUGAAAUAUAUUAAGCAGUUGGACUUAAAAUACAGGUACUAUUUAAAUUCUUCUGGUUUAUUUCAAGUCUGCAGUUUUUAUCUGUAAUAUUAUAUCACCUGAUGGCCCACCAGAUAUUUUUCACAGGAGGGAAGUCAUUCUGUUGUGUGUCUAUACCUAACAUGUAUUUUUUUCUAGCUAAUUUCAGUCACUUCAGAAACUUUACCGGGGGGUAAUUCCGAUUCUUACACAUACGAGCAUGAAGUG